CUAGCCAUCUUCAUCAAAUUCCAACAAUCAUGGCUAAUUUUCUUGUUUUCACAUCCUACAUUGUUUUAACUUUGAGUUUAGCAAAUUGUUUUAUCAAUGGUGUAGAUGCGGCUCGUGCUUUCUUUGUGUUUGGAGAUUCACUUGUCGAUAAUGGCAAUAACAAUUACUUAGCCACCACGGCUCGAGCCGAUUCUCCACCUUAUGGCAUUGAUUUUCCAACUCGAGAGCCUACCGGACGUUUCUCUAAUGGCUUAAACAUUCCUGAUUUAAUCAGUCAAGAAAUUGGGACAGAACCAAUUUUGCCAUAUUUAAGUCCUAACCUCAAAGGAGAUAAAUUGCUUGUUGGUGCCAACUUUGCCUCUGCUGGAGUUGGAAUUCUCAAUGACACUGGAUUCCAAUUUAUAGAAAUAAUAAGAAUGUCAAAACAGCUAGAUUUUUUUGAAGAAUACAAGGGAAGGGUGAGUGAUCUUAUUGGAGAAGAGGAAAGUGAGAAAUUAAUAAAUGGAGCAUUAGUCCUAAUCACAUGUGGAGGAAAUGAUUUUGUGAAUAACUACUACUUAGUGCCUAGAUCCCUAAGAUCCCGCCAGUAUUCUUUAUCAAAGUAUGUUAAAUAUUUAAUCUCUGAAUACAGGAAGAUUUUACGGAAACUUUAUCAUUUGGGAGCUCGUAAGGUUCUUGUAACGGGUACGGGUUCAAUGGGAUGUGCACCAGCAGAGUUAGCUUUAAAAAGUGUAAAUGGUGAAUGUGAUGUGGAACUUGAGAGAGCUGCAGCCUUAUAUAAUCCGCAACUUGUUAAAAUGGUUAAAGGACUCAACAAAGAUAUUGGUGAUGAUGUCUUUAUUGCAGCCAAUGCACUUAAAAUGCAAGAUGAUUUUAUUACCAACCCUGAACUUUAUGGAUUUGUUACAUCAAAGGAAGCUUGUUGUGGGCAAGGCCCAUAUAAUGGAAUUGGGCUUUGUACCCCCCUUUCAAACUUGUGCCAAAAUCGAGACCUUUAUGUGUUUUGGGAUCAAUUUCAUCCAUCUGAAAAAGCUAAUAGAAUCAUAGUGAAACAGAUUUUGACAGGCUCCAAUGAGUACAUGCACCCUAUGAAUCUUAGCACUAUCCUUGCCAUGGAUUCUAUUGGGGUUUGAUUAAUACAUUGAACCUUUAAAUUUAGAUAUGUUAUGACUUAUGAGUGUAUUACCCUUUUUUAAUUAUUCUAGAAUAAUGUUAGCAACAUAUUCUUUAACACAUAAUUUUUAACAUACUCUUUUUUAUUGAUUAAAUUUUAUGUGAGUUUCACCAAAUUUAUAUGUGACUCGCAUGAAUUUUUACCAAUAAAUAGAGUAUUAAAAAAUGUAUGUUAAAUGCUUCAAAAAAAAAAUGUAUGUUAAAGAGUAUGUUGUUAUAACUUGUCAUUUUUUAUAUAUAUUUUGUCUU